AUGGCGGACGUCGACAUGGCAGAUGCGCCCCCGGCGAAGACCAAGACGGGCAAGGCCAGUGCUGCUGGAGAGGGCGACAAGAAACGGUUUGAGGUCAAGAAGUGGAACGCAGUCGCUCUCUGGGCUUGGGAUAUCGUCGUCGACAACUGCGCCAUUUGCCGUAACCACAUCAUGGACCUCUGCAUCGAAUGCCAGGCCAACCAAGCCUCUGCCACCAGCGAGGAAUGCACAGUCGCCUGGGGCAUCUGCAACCACGCCUUCCACUUCCACUGCAUUUCACGAUGGCUCAAGACCCGCCAAGUGUGCCCGCUAGACAACCGAGACUGGGAGUUCCAGAAGUAUGGUCGAUAA